GGCGGCCAUCACGAUGUAUGCCGCGGGCAGCAUCGUUCUGGACGCCUUCAGCGGCGUGGGAGGCCAGAGUGUCUCCCUCGCCGUCGCAGGGCUGACGGUGUUCGCAUGCGACAUCAACCAAACCAAUGUCGACCACACCAUGCACAACGCCCGCGUCCAUGGUAAGCGGGAGAAGCGGCGGCUCCUCUUGAUCAGGAUGCACUCACUGAGUUGCUGUCGCUCUGAAUGCAGGCGUGGCUGAGAGGCUCCGGAUGGUGUGCGGCGAUUACUUCGCCCGCAUCGCCGGCCUCGCCGCCAAGUGGAUGCCCAUCGGCAGGAAGUUCGGCGCCAUUCACGUCGACAUGCCCUGGGGGAAGGCCUAUGAAGAGGAGACAUACCCACUUCACCGCAUGGGCGACGGCACACUGGUCCGUACUGCACUAAUCCAAUGGAUGACAAACAUGCAUUUCUCACUUCCUUUAUGGCGUGUUGGUGUCUGUGGCUUCACUGCAGAGUGCCUAUGAUGUGUUGGAGGCGGCGGCGCCGCUGAGUGACAGCUUCGUCUUCAAAUGCCCCCGGAAUGUGGCCAUCAGCGAUGCCGUACGUCAGACGUCAUUCGUGUGUGUGGAUGGAUGGAUGGAUGGAUGGAUGGAUGGAUUGUUCCUCUGUCUGCCCUUGGUGCCUGCAGGUCAAAUUGGCCUACCAUGUGCAGUCCAUCAAGGGCGGCGCCUCCACACACAAUGUCGCCAUGCCGCUGGUAGAGGUAUUCGUCAACGGAGACAAAACCGUCAUGGCGGUCAUCUAUAUCGGCGACAUCGCCGCUAAGUAAGAGAGACACAGACAGAGACGCAACAUCAUGCGCCAUCUAUGUGUGUGUGUGUGUGUGUGCUUGUGUCCAUGUGUGUGUUUAGGCGGCUGGAGGACAUCGCGCCCCCUGCCCGUGUGGUGGACCUCACGCACAAGCGGUGGACCAUCGAGCAGUGUGCCAAGAGUAUGCUUUCUCGCGGCAAGAGGGUGGGCUGCGCCAGCGUGACCUUCGCCCCCUUCGCAUAA